AGUUUUCUUUCGAGAUGUUGGACAAGAAUUGAUACAACUAAUUCUUAAGAAAUGUUUUUAUAAGUGAAAUAACUCACAUUGGGACAUCUCGGCACUUGGUAUGAUUAGUCUAGAGCUUGUAAUACUCAAUUUUGUUCUUAUUAAUAAGUAACUCGCAGAUUUCAUAUCAGAGAAAUACUAAGAGAGAGAAAUAUUUUGAUAAAAUUUUGUACCGGGCGGAGUUUGGACUUUUAAUGGAGAAUGAGAGCGAGUAGUAAUCUUGAAGAACCAAACGCAGGAUCGACGACGAAAUAAACGACGAGCACCUCGGUGGCAAGUCCUUAUGCCCAUGAGGCGGCGAUCACGAUGGAGCCACGUGCGAUGAUGAUGUCGAACCUGUCGUGCGACGGCUGCGCGGACAGCGACCGGGACUCGGAUAGUAGCAGCAUGAUCGUCGACCCGGUGAGUCUCGACAAGAACGACCUGUCGCCGCCGUCGCAGACGUCGUCGAGCCCGGUGAUACCGAGCUGCUCGCCGGUACCAACGCCGACGUCAGUGCCGCCGUCGGCCGGCAGGAGUCGAAGCACCAGUGGAAGCGGUGGCGGCGGACGUUCUUCAAAGAAAACGUACUCGAUGAUGUCGGCAUCGAGUCAAUCAGGAAAAUCUAGCAGUUCCAAUCAAUCCCCAUCCAGUUAUAAUUCCGACAAGAUGUCGUCGUCCCUGAUAAAGCCGCCGUAUUCGUAUAUCGCGUUAAUCACCAUGGCGAUCUUACAGUCGCCGCAGAAAAAGCUGACGUUGAGCGGUAUCUGCGAAUUCAUUAUGUCCCGCUUUCCCUAUUACCACGACAAGUUCCCCGCCUGGCAGAAUUCUAUCAGGCACAAUCUCUCGCUCAACGAUUGCUUCAUCAAGAUUCCACGCGAGCCUGGAAACCCGGGAAAGGGUAACUACUGGACGCUGGACCCGUUGGCGGAAGACAUGUUCGACAAUGGUAGCUUCCUGAGACGCAGGAAGCGAUACAAGAGGCCGCCGCCGCACUACGUGCUGCGAGACCGAGCGAUCAUGGCCACCUUCGCUAUUUGUGGUGACCGAGGACCCUGUCCAGGUGGUGGUGGCAGUCACCCGGGUGCUCUGGCUUAUCCUGGAGCCGCUUACCUAUCACCACCGCCCGGUCUGCCUUUACUAGACUUCUCUCCAUCUACCCUGGAGGCGCUGAAACUCGGCGGUUUCCUUGAACCGCCGCCACCGCUCUACAAACCAGUGCCCAUCACGGCGCCGCCGAUCAGGCAAAUCGAUCCGACCUCCACCAGGAUCACGACGUUGCCAGCUAGUCAUACGACGAGCGUCGACAAGAAGCGCAAUUUCAGCAUCGAUGCGCUCAUCGGCAAGCAAGCAGCCAGCGAUCAAAACUGCGGCGCGUUGCUGGAUCUCAGCCCGUCGGAGCACAGAGAGAUCAGGAGCCAGGCGUCUGCCUUCUCGCCGCUUGUCUAGGAAUCUGGCGAUCUUCUUUUCCAAAGACAUACGGUGACUUUCCGAAAGUAUUAAUCACUUUGUAGCUCUUUACGAGCUUAGCGUGAUUACUAAUUUUGAGAGGGCCAGAAGUGGUAUAAUUAAUUGUAAGCGUCAAACGCGUGUUCUUGUAAGAAGAAUUCCUAAUUAUUAUUGGACAAGACAAUUUCGCUAAUAUUGAAAAUUUGAGUUCAGAAGCUUCAGCUUCUGUCCCUCGAAAUAAAGAAUGGAAGAAAAAAUCAUAAUUUUUCUUCUUACGAAAAAGAGUGAUAGAAUCGCGAAGUGAACACUAAAUUCGAUCGCGUUGGUGAAUCAUAAUCAUCAAAGACUGAUUAGAAACUUGGCUGAUGAAGAAUGUGCUUCGAGAAAGUUUGAAACAAUCGCACCGCAAAGGACUACUCUUUCCAAAUGGUAAUUGAUGUCGUUAGCCAAUAUUCUAUUUGACCAAUGCUGUCCAAAUGAAAUAAACAUCUUAAUCUCGUGAAUAAACGGAGCAUGAUGUUUCGUAAUUUAAAAAUCGUUUUUCCUAUAAAUCACAGUUUAUUCAUGGACGAAGAAAGAAAUAUAUAUCAUUAAAGCAUAGAAACUCUCUAAUAAGAGAAUAUGAAUAUGAAAAAGCUACUUUUUAGAUAGAUCUGCAAUAUUUUAACAAUUCCUGAAAAAGAAAAAGAGAGAGAAAUAGAUAAAAAAAAUAAAACAGAAUAAAAAAAAAGAAAUAGUAAAUGUAUGUCCUUUUCUCUCACAGAUUUUUAUUAAAAUUACUACUCUGCAUACAAAACAAUGGUUUCAUAUUUAGAUUCUUAUUAGAGAGUUUUAAUUAAAGCAAAAUUUUCAGCGCUUUUUAUAAGAAUACCGAUGUUUCGUUAUAUUGAUUACAUCGUAAAUGUUUUCUGUAUUAUUUGGGCAAAAUUUAUCUGUACUAAAUCUUAUAAUAACCUCCGAUGCGGAUUUUUGAAAAUUAGCAAGAUGCUCGCUCUGCAUGUAUUAGCUGUAAAUUUUCGCGAUAAAAUAUUCAACAAUUGCAAGGGACAAGGGGGACAAAUACAUCGAGAUCGAAAUUCAGAUUAUUUGUGUAUUCUACAACCUCUUAGUUUUUGUUUGUGAUAAGAUGAGUGAAAGUCAUGCUUCAUGUAAUCAAACCAAUUCUGACGCAUAAAAUUCCUAAUAGACGUUUCUUACCGAGUAGGUAAUCAAAAUGCGUCGCAGAAACUAUAGAAAGAUAUAUGAAUCGACUUAAUAAAGAUAUAUUGAGGAUAAUAGCGCAUCCCAUAUAUAUCAGCGCAUCUCUGUAAAAAGGCGUAGUGCAAUAGGGUAUAGUGUUUUUAUUUGACAUUCUCAUGUUACUUUUUAAA